ACGACCAAGGAGGAAUAUCCCCUCCAGUGCAUAUGUCAGUGCGUGUUUGAUGGCGUUUUUGGUGAUGUUUUUCUCUGCACGCAAUUUCUUUGGUUUUUCCGCAAAAAUAUCACCCCGAUUGUGUGCGUAGCACCCCAAAAAGAUGAUAAAGUGCACCACGGUGUGACGGACAGUGUGGAGAGCAUGUGAAAAACUGCCCAAAAACCGUGUUUAGACUAUCUCCCCUUUCUUGGACGUUGACGACGAAUGCAGAAUAGAAAUGGCAGCAGCACUGCUCAGCUCGGAUAUUUCUCGCAGGAAUCCCCAGAACGAGUACGAGUUGAUCCAGAAGAUCGGCUCCGGCACCUACGGGGAUGUGUACAAGGCGAAACGUCUGCAAAGCAAUGACUUGGCUGCAAUUAAGGUCAUCAAGCUGGAACCCGGCGAUGAUAUCCAGAUCAUCCAACAGGAGAUCAUCAUGAUGCGCGACUGCCGACAUCCCAACAUCAUUGCGUACUACGGCAGCUAUUUGCGGCGCGACAAACUGUGGAUUUGCAUGGAAUAUUGCGGCGGUGGAAGUCUUCAGGACAUCUAUCAAGUGACGGGACCCUUGACGGAGCAACAGAUCGCCUACAUGUGCCGCGAAACACUCAAGGGUCUGGCGUAUCUGCACUCGCGCGGAAAGAUGCACAGGGACAUCAAAGGCGCAAAUAUCCUCCUGACCGAGAGUGGAGAUGUGAAGUUGGCCGAUUUCGGCGUAUCGGCACAAAUCACUGCCACAAUCAACAAGAGACGCAGCUUUAUUGGAACUCCAUACUGGAUGGCCCCUGAAGUGGCCGCUGUGGAGCGGAAAGGUGGUUACAAUCAACUCUGUGAUAUUUGGGCAUGUGGUAUAACGGCAAUUGAACUGGCUGAGCUUCAGCCGCCGAUGUUUGACUUGCAUCCAAUGCGAGCACUCUUCCUGAUGUCCAAGAGUGGCUUCAAGCCGCCCACGCUGAAGGAGAAGGAGAAGUGGUCGCCGACAUUUCACUCAUUCAUCAAGACGGCACUGACGAAGAAUCCCAAGAAGCGACCAACGGCGGAGCGUCUGCUGCAGCAUCAGUUUGUGGAGAGUGAGAUGCCGCUGAGGGUGGCGCAGGAGUUGCUGCAGAAGUACUACAGUCCCAAUCAGUUCUACUUCUACUCGGAUGGCGAUGAGGAGGGCGCUGUGGCGAGUGUUCCGCAGCGGAUUGCCAGCAAGAUGACAUCGAGAUCCAAUGGUAUUCCAGGUGGACAGAAUCAUACACUUAAAGCUAAUCCACCUACUCAAUGGAACGCUGAUCGCUCUUCGAGUCCUGAGACGUUACCAAGUGAUAUAAAAUUGUUUGGGCGCCCCAAAUUGACUGGGACAAUGAUAAUGAACAUGUCAUUGAGGAGUCUAUUGCAAUAUAUUGAUGAGGAACUGAAAUUAAGAGCGACGCUGCCGCUGAUGGACAAGGAUGGAGGACUGGUGGCCGCGGAGUGUGCGUGUUCGCAUGCAAUUGCCGCGAGUAACCACAAUGGUGGAGCGGCUCAGGGUGUGCCGGCGGCACAGAUGAUGGCGCCACUCAGGGAGACGGCGCUCGUGGCGACGACGGACGCCGUGGAUCAGAAUCAGACGAACCAGAAUGGCGGCAUGGACAGUCCGCGGCGCCACAGCUCGAUGGAUCAGCUCAUGGGAUUGCUGAACGAGAUGGGCGUGUCGACGCGACACAGAAGCUUGAGCGACAGUGGCGAGCCGACGGAGGAUGCUGUGGAGCGGACGGAGGCGCAGCAGCCGGAUUUGCUGAAUAACACGCCGCCAGUGCCGCCGAAGCGAUCGCACAGGCGCCGCCACACACCGCCGCGGCCCACGUCCAACGGACUGCCGCCCACGCCAAAGGUGCACAUGGGCGCGUGCUUCAGCAAGAUCUUCAACGGCUGCCCGCUGAGCAUCAACUGUACGGCAUCGUGGAUUCAUCCGGAGACGCGUGAUCAGCAUCUGCUGAUUGGCGCCGAGGAGGGCAUCUUCAAUCUCAACAUGAACGAGCUGCACGAUGCCGUGAUCGAUCAGGUGUUCCCGCGACGCACCACGUGGCUGUAUGUGAUCAAGGAUGUGUUGAUGUCGCUGUCGGGCAAGAGUUCGCAACUCUAUCGGCACGACUUGAUAGCACUGCACUCAAAGCAGACGCACAGAUUCUCGCUGCACAUGAAUCGAAUACCGGAGAAGUUGGUGCCCAGGAAGUUUGCACUGACCACAAAGGUGCCGGACACCAAAGGAUGCACUCAGUGCUGCGUCACGAGGAAUCCCUACAAUGGAUACAAAUACCUGUGCGGCGCGCAGCCGUCUGGCAUCUUCCUCAUGCAAUGGUACGAUCCGCUGAACAAGUUCAUGCUGCUGAAGCAGUGCGAGUGGCCGUCGGCCGGCGUGACGCCGCACACGCCGGUGUUUGAGAUGCUGAUCACGCCUGAGCUGGAGUAUCCGCUCGUGUGUGUGGCCAUCAAGAAGGCCGUGGGGAUGAGUCACAGCAUCGUGAAGCUGGACUUGAUCAACAUGAACAGCGGCGCCAGUUGGUUCCACUCUGAUGAGCUGGAGUGCGACGGCACGGCCACGAUGGUGCCGCGCCGCGAGCCGCUGCGCGUGGUGAAAGUGCACCAGCUGGAGAAGGACACAAUUCUCGUGUGUCACGGCAAUACAAUCCAGAUUGUCACCAUGAGUGGAAUGCAGAAGCAGAGCAAGAAGCUCGUGUCGCAGUUGAAGUUUGACUUCAACAUUGAGAGUAUUGUUUGUCUGAAUGACAGUGUCUUAGCAUUUCAUAAGCACGGCAUGCAAGGAAGAUCCCUCAGGAAUGGCGAGAUAACUCAGGAAAUCACGGAUAUGAGCCGCACAUAUCGGCUUUUGGGGAGCGAUAAAGUUGUUGCGCUGGAGAGUCAAUUGCUGCGGACUGGAUCACUUGGGAGUGAAGAGGGACACGAUUUGUACAUCUUAGCUGGACACGAGGCGAGUUAUUGAAGCAUGCUUCAACACAUUCUUUCAUCGCCACACUUUCCAUGGAAAAAAAUCACUAUUUUCACAUUAUUUCAAACGAAAAUUAAGUGUUAAGAAAUUAAGAAGAAGAAAAAAAAAUUAUUCCCCCUCCAGAAAACAUUGUGAAUUGCAAUUUAUUAAUAGAAGCACAGAAAGAGAGAGAGAGAAACUUUAAUAACAUUUAACUAUGAUGUGUUUUGGUGGGUUGACAAUGAGUGAUGAUGAUAUUAAAUGCUGUAAAAGAAGAUUGAUGCCACAAAGCAACUUUUGCGACAGUCUCACUGGGCGAAAAUGUUGUGAAAAGAGUUUUUUCUUGUAAAUAAGGCGGGGAAACAAAUUUAUUCCCAUGAGAUUUAUUCGUUAUCCUUUUUUUAUAAUUUAAAUUUAUUAAUCUCGAGUCAUCGUUCGAUAUUUUGUAUAUUUUAUAUUAAAAGAUAAAUUGAAGGGGUUGAAGUGGGGUGGGCAAUUUGAGUAAGAGAGAAGCAAAAGUAUAAAUGUAUUGAUGUUUGUUUGUUUUACACACACAAUGAAGAAAGAUGAGCGAAAGCGAGCAUGAAGAGAAGAAGUUCAAUUUUGUAAAGUUGUUGUGUCUCAAGUUUUUUUCAAGAAGGAAAAGAAGAGAAAAGAUUCUAAUAAAAAUAUAUUAAUCACUAAAAAAAGACCAUUAAACGUAAACAUACAAAAAAGCAACUAAAACACAAUGAAGAGAAUAAUAUUUUAUUCAAUAGAGCGAACAUUAUUAAGUCACUAUCGAGUAAUUCGUUAAAUAAACUGUAUGUUUUUUCUGAGAGUCACACAUGUAAACAUGAUGAGAUAAAUAAGUGUAAAAGCUCCCAAUUAAAAAAAAAACACAAAUGAAAGUAUUUACUAAAAACAAUUGACAGCAUAGAUAAAGCAUUAGUCGAAGGAGAAAAUCUUACUAAAUAUAUUUUACGAGAGUAUUAUGAAAGAAAGAAAAAAAAUCUAUACACAUUACCAAACACAAUCUAAACGACAAAAAGCAUAUUUUACAAUAUUUAGACGUUUAAAAUAAAAUUAGUGGUGAAAAUGAGAAAAAUAUCAUGAUUUAUUAAAAAUUCAACAAGUGCAGAUUUUUCUCAGAGCUGGGAAAUUAACGACGAUAAAAGAAAAUGAAUAGUAAAAAAAAAAUUGUGAAAUCUUCAAUUGAGGAAAUGUACAAUUUCACGUAUCAAAGCAUAAAUAAUGAAAGAGAAAAAGAAAAAUUUUAUUGAAGAGUUGUGUUUAUGAACCAAAAAAUGAUGAUGAACAAGAAAUAAUAGAGAAAUAUUUUUCCUAGCAAGUAGGAUUAAUAGUUGAUUUGAGGAAAAUAUCAAGUGAAAAAAUAGCGGACAAAUACAAGAAAAA